UCGUGUCUCCGCCCACUACCGAUCUGACGUCAGCGAACGACCCACCCACCCUGCAGGACAGUAGACGCUAAGCCCCGCCCCCCUCCUGCCUCUCACACAAACAGCGGCAGAGAGAGUAAAUAGAGAAAAGCCCUAAGAUGGCGGAGCCAAUGAGCCUCAUUCACUUUGGUUCAGCGACGAAGAGCCCACUCUCCAAGCCCAAGGAGUCGAAGCCGUCGUCCGAAAACCGAACGCAGUCUUCCCGGGACCACCAGGCUCCACCACCUAAAAAAGUUCGAAGCGAAGAGAAGAGCCUGAAGCCCAAGAAACUGAAUGGCGAAGGCGGCGGCGGCGGAGGAGGAGGAGAGGGGAAGCAGCAGAGUUAUGGCAGCCCGACAACAUGGAGCGUCUCUCCCGUCAAGCCGAGCAGCCCCGCGCCGCCGCAGCAGCCUCCUCUCCACAAAGUGCACAGCGUGUUCAAGCAGAGCGCCUUCCUCGCUUCACCAUCCAAACCCAAAAAGCUGAAGGAAAAGCGAGAGCACGACAAGGAGCGAGAGAAGGAGAAGAGGAAGCACAGGCUGGAGAGCAGCAGCAGCAGCAGCCUCGGGAGCGUCAGUGCUGCGGUCAAGAAGGAGAACGGAGAGCUGAAGUUAGUGCAGAAAGAGCACAUCAUCAAGGACAAACUGAAGGAGAGGGAGAGAGAGAAGGAAAGAGCGCGGGAGAAGGAAAAGAAAAAGGAAAGGGAUAAAGAAAAGGAACAGGCGAAGGAGAAAGACAAGGAGAGGGAGAAGAAGAAGCACAAGUUGACGAAUGAGAUCAAACGAGAGAACGGAGAAGUGAAGCUGCCACAGAAAGUUGACACGGAGAAACCGAAGGCAAAUGCAGAAGAGCUGCUGCUCAAAAAGGCGAAGAAGAAAAAGAAAAAGAAACACAAAGAGGCGGAGAGACGCAAGCGGCCCAAGAUGUACAGCAAGUCCAUUCAAACGCUGUAUUCAGCUCUGCUGAGCCCCGAGCUCCCAGGAAUGCUGUCCAAAUCGGAGAACGAAUUCAAAUCCCCUUUUCCCGUCUGUAAAACACUCUCGCUCUCCUCCUCUUCUACUGCCACUGUCAAGCAGGAGAAGGGCAGCUGCUCGAAGUCCAGCUGUGGAGCCGGGGACACCGGUACGGCAAGCAGUGGGAAAACUUCACAGCUCCAUUCCCGGCUCCCGGGGAUAGAUGGUUUGGAAUUUGGCCGGUUUGUCCACGUGGAGCAGCAGCCGAACGGCGGCGCCCUGGUCGUGCACGCCUACAUCCGCGAACUCUCUGUUCUCUCACCCGAGGAGAUGCAAAGGUUCGCUCAUGAAUUUGUGACACUGGCAUUCUGCGAGGACCAUAACGGAGCUGCGCACUACGUCAUGGGCAUCGUCCAUGGAGCUGCCUCCUACCUCCCUGACUUCCUGGAAUAUUUUUCUUCCAAAUUCCCCAAUUCGCCUGUAAAGAUGGAGAUCCUUGGCAAGAAAGACAUUGAAACGACCACCAUGGCAAACUUCCACACUCAGGUAAAGAGAACCUACUCCCAUGGGACGUACCGCGCUGGGGCCAUGCGCCAGAUCAGUCUGGUGGGAGCCGUGGAUGAGGAGGUGGGGGAUUACUUCCCAGAAUUCCUCGGCAUGUUACAGCAGUCCCCCUUCCUCGAACGGACGUUGCCAUGGGGAACAUUCUCCAGUCUGAAGCUGAAAAGCCCUACAGAGAGUGAUGACGGGCCGAUCAUGUGGGUUCGGCCUGGAGAGCAGAUGAUCCCCGUCACUGACAUGCCAAAGUCUCCUUUCAAAAGGAAAAGGUCAACCAAUGAGAUCAAGAACCUGCAGUACCUACCUCGGGCAAGUGAGCCCCGUGAGAUGCUGUUUGAGGACCGGACACGUGCGCACGCCGACCACAUUGGACAAGGCUUUGAGAGGCAGACCACUGCUGCAGUGGGUGUGCUUAAAGCUGUACGUUGUGGAGAGGGCAUGGAGCCUCCUCGUAUUACCAAAGAUGUGGUCUGCUUCCACGCUGCGGAUUUUGUAGAUGUCGUGCAGCGAUUACAGCUGGAUCUGCAUGAGCCGCCCCUGUCGCAGUGUGUCCAGUGGGUGGAUGAUGCCAAGCUGAACCAGCUGAGGCGUGAGGGCAUCCGAUACGCUCGCAUCCAGUUGUAUGACAAUGACAUCUACUACAUCCCGCGCAGCGUGGUGCACCAGUUUAAGACUGUGUCGGCGGUGUGCAGCCUGGCCUGGCACGUCCGCCUCAAACAGUACCACCAUGACGCCGAAGAUGAGAAGGAGGACAAGAAGACAGUCACCUCCCCCUCCGCAUUUAUCAAGCAGGAUCCCUUGUGUGAAGCUCGGAGUGUGCCAGGUUCGCCCACCUUCAUCGACCCUAAACAGGCCAGAGAUGUCCCACCCGUGCCCCGGAUCAAGGUUGAGGAGGCAGAGCUUCUCCCUGACAGGACGCCGAAAGCCCCCUCUUCUGGCGCAGCAGCAACGCCGCCGUCGGCUCCUGUAUUGGACCAAGCCAAAGCACACCAUCACUCGCACACACUCGCCCCGAGGUCCAUGCCCGGCCUGAGUUCGGUGCCGACGAAGCACACGCCCGCCUCGACACCAACCAAACAUGCGCAGCCGUCCCUGCCGACCAAACAUCCCUACAGCUCGACGUCCGUCAAACACGCGCACUCCGGCUCAGCAGGUAGACACGGCCACUCUUCCAUCACGUUCAAACCGACCCACUCCUCGGGCACCACGCCAACCAAACACACACACACUACUACUUCAAUACCUAAACAUCUUUAUUCCCACAAUCCCAAAACCAGCUCUGGACAUUCGGACAGUCGGACUGCCCCGCCCCAGUCAGGUUCGUCUCAGCCACAGAUUAUUUCUGUUCACCAAUCAUUUCCAUCACAAUCGCAGGUUCUUCACCAGUCGGUUCUGCCUCAGCAGCAGUCGUCCUGGCCGGACAGAGCCUCAGACUCUCUUCACCCAAAGGUCACCCCACAGGACACUCGGCCACACCAGCCACUCAGCCCCCUCUCUCGUGAACAGCAGAAAGACUUUUUAUGCUGAUUUGUACAUAACUGUUUUUAAAUGGGCUUUUUUUCGGUUUUAUCUUCUUAGUUUUUUUUCUUUUAUCAUUUUUUUCUUUUUUUGGGGUCAACUUUUCAUUUCUAUCGACGCAAAGAGGCAACGCUGAAAGGAAAGGUGGGCCUGACCACUUCUCCAGCGACAGUGCGAGAUGAGAUGGAAGGAUGUCCAGUUUGGCCGUGACCGAUCGAAAUACACAGCAAAUGUAGCGAAUAACAUUCCUCAGUGCCUGCCUGUAACUGUGAACUGUCGUCAUAAGCACUUAGGGCCAGCUGCACUGCUACCCUGCAGGUCGGAUUAAUACAAAACAAAAUAAACCCAAACAGGUCCUCCAAUAAUAUAUUUUUAAGUUGUAGGCUAUAGUUAUGUAUUAGAGCUGACAUGAACAUAUAUAUAUUUUUUUUAAGAUGAGAUGAGACAGACUUCUUUUAAUGACUCCAGGCUUUUCCAUAGAGCUUAUUUAUAUCAAGUUUUUUUUCUUUCUUUUUUUUUUGUUCCUUUUUUUUUGUCAGCACUGUAGUGUGUGUAUAUAACAUUUUUUUUCUAAGAAAAUGUGUAGUUUGAUUUAUAUCUAAUUAAGAACCUUGUAAUAAAAAAAAAAAGUUCUUGAGAUUUGGAUUGUCAUCAUGUAAACAAGGGCUACACCGAAUGAUCAGACUGACCAUGUUAAAGGUAAAGGUGUGGGCUGCCCCUCCCUGCCUGCUACACGUGUCUGCAGUCUUCAUUACCCUGUCAACCUUUCCCUAGUUGCUCUGUGUAGACCGUACGACAGCUAUGUUAAAAGAGAAAUUAAGAUUAAAAGCAUAGGAUCACUGCGCAAGGAGAUUUAUUAUUUUUUUGUGCUGUUGUCAAAAUUGAUUUUUUGUUAAAUUUGCAUUUGUCUAGCAUCCAGCCAGGGACACCAAGCUCCUGCACACCAGAUGCAUUUUGUUUUGGCAAAAAUAAGCCUUUCACAUGGUCACACACAUCUCAAUUUUUUUAGAUUAAUAGACCCAGAUAGUAUGUGGACACCUCACCAUCACACAUGCAGAUGUACACCAGGUGCAGAAUAACAAGCUUCCGUGAUGCUCUGACCACUCUGCACUGGUCCACCACUUUCACCCCCCCAAUCUGCUGAACCAAGGACAUGUUUGCCAAUCAGUUCCAGCACCUGGAGAACAUCUGCACAACACACACACAUACACAGAAUAUACUUUCUGAAAAAGAAAUAUACACACAUAUACAGUCCCUGCUGAAAGUAUUGGAACAGCAAGACCAAUUCUACUGAUCAGAAUUUCAGCUUUCAUUUCUUCAUAUUCGCAUCUAAACGUGUUAAACAACUUUUGUUUGAUUGCACCCAUUUUUCAAGUGAUAAAAAGUAUUGGAACAUGUGACUGACCGGUGUUACACAGGUGUGUCCUGUUAGAUUGGUUGUUUAAACAAUUAAUAGCUCUGGGUUUCACCUGUGAAGACUGCAUUUGUUGUUAAAAAGGCUAAGCCAACAUGAAGAUUAGAGAGCAGUCUAUGGGAGAAAAGCAAGCCUUUCUGAAGCUGAGAAAAGAGGGAAAAUAAAUCCAAGGCAUUGCACAAACAUUGGGCAUAACCAAUACAACAUUUUGGAAUGUCCUGAAAAAGAAAGAAACCACUGGUGUACUGACAACCAAACAUGGAACGGGUCGGCCAAGGAAAACAGCAGCUGAUGGCAGAAAUAUUGUGAGAGCUGUGAAGAAAAACCCAAAAACAACAGUCAGUGAUAUCACCAACAACAUCCACAGGGCAGGGGUGAAGGUCUCACAAUCCACCGUUCAAAGAAGACUUCGAAAGCAGAAAAUAUAGAGGCCAAACCACAAGAUACAAACCACUCAUCAGCAGUAAGUAUAAGAAAGCCAGACUGGAAUUCACAAAGAAAUACAGAGACGAGCCAAAAAAGUUCUGGAACCAAGAUGAACCUCGACCAAAGUG